ACGAAUAAAAGGUUUAAGAUAUAUAUCUCAAGCUACCACAAUCUUUAUUUCCUCUUCUUUUGUUUUCUUUUCCUUUUCUCUGUCUCGUCCUAUAAAAAAACCCUAGAAUUGUAAUCUUCGCUCAAAUUCUCUUCGAUAACCGCGGUUUCUCCCAGUGUUUUCUAUAUUUUAAUUUCUCUCUUCUUCUUUUUUUUUUUUCCUUAAAAUCUGCUCGACAAUGAAGCAGAAGCUUGACCUAGUUAGGGAGAAUCUAUACCUAGGUGAUAUACUCGCCGCUGCUGAGAUUCUCAAGAAUGGUAGCUCUGAGAUUUCUCACCUUCUUACAGUUUUUCACUGCCCUCACAUAUCUGAACUCUACCCCAAGUGGCGCAACGCCAAACUAGUCUCAAAAGGAAUCAAGGAAGUGUAUGUUGGUGGUGAUGAUCAAGAGUCGUCAUCACAAGGCAUGGAGUUUGCCAGAGAGAGCGCGUUGCCAUCAGGCAAUCUUUUAUAUUCUCUAGAGCAUACUGGUAAAGAUCUCAAGUUUACAAGAAUGGUUGUCUUUGCUCACGAUAAAGAGUGGGAGAAUCUCCUUGAUUUUUUCGACCUUUGCUUGGAUUUUAUUGAUGCUGGCCGCAAAGAGAAGGGUGUUUUAGUUCAUUGCUUUGCAGGAACAUCUCGAAGUGCUUCUGUGGUCAUUGCGUAUCUGAUGAGGACCGAAAAGCUUUCUUCGGAAGAUGCUCUGGCAUCACUCAAACAAAGCGCUCACGCUAGUCCCAAUCUUGGCUUCUUAAAACAGUUAGAUUUGUUUGAGAGAAUGAUCUUUAAAGUCGACCGUUCCAGCCCUAUCUACAAGCACUUUCGUCUAAAAGCUUUAGGUUAUUUAUAUAGCAAGGAUAAAAAAUUUGACAGAUUAAAGUUAAGGGCUGAUCCGGGAUUGAUGAAUGAGACCAGUGGUAGUACGUACCAGUGCAAGAAAUGCAGCAGAGUACUGUCUUUUCAGGAGCAGGUAAUAGAGCAUACUCCAGGUGAGGCUGAUUCAGAGCUUGAUGACAUGUUUAAAAACAUGGUCGGAGAGGUUCGCGACAAGAAUACCGGUGAUCAGAAACCAUGUACUUCUAUAUUCAUAGAGCCUCUCAAUUGGAUGAAUGAAGCUAUGGAAGAUGAUGUGUCGGAAGGGAAGUUAUUGUGUCCAAAAUGUCAAGCUAUGGUUGGAAGCUUUAACUGGUCGGGAAGUUAUUGUAGCUGUGGAAGCAAGAUUGUUCCGGCGUUUCAACUUCAGAUGAGUCGAGUCGAUGUCAUCAUUGUGAAGGAUGAGGUGAAGAAGCAUGAUGAGGAUAAAAUAGUCUAGGCUUUCAUCUUUUAAAUAAGUGAAGAAAGAGUGCUACUUCAUUUUUGUGCAGCCAGCUUCUGCAUCAAAUCAUAUAUAUUUGCCAACCAAAACCCAUUGUAUUAAGUCCAGAUCAUGAAACUCUCUUUUAGGAAGAACCUUUAUUCACGUAUCUUAACCAUCA